AUGGCGGAAUCGCCGGAUGCGGACCCACGUGAAGAAGCCAGCCUCGAGGGUGUCACCGCUGGAAAUGCUUCCCGCAGCUUCAAUUGCACUCAAUGCAAAGCCAAGUUCAGCCGCGCCGCGCAUUUAAGGCGCCAUCAGAGAACCCGUAAGUCUCAUAUUGUGAGAGAAGAGGACCCUUUGGCUGAAUCACGGCUCCGGUAGAUCGACCAGAGAAGCCCUUCUCCUGCUUAUAUUGUCCGUUGUCAUCGUCGCGCAAAGACGUAAUCGUUCGCCAUACAAGGAAUUUCCACCCAGGCAAGGAGCCGAGACGCAAAGAGGCUCGCUCUCCCAGUCACUUGUCUCCAAGUCGCCGUCCGUCUAGACAGGCGCCAAUUGGCUCGGAUAGCAUCGCGGGCGACGAAGAACACCGACGACCGGGCAUAUUGGAAACCCGUUCGCCGCGGCGGCCGUCCGCCGAGGGAGAGCCCAGCGAAGAUUUGGGCGACAGCGCUGUCGACCUUGCCAACCUUCUUCCAGAUGCGAACAGUCUCCUGUGCCUACAGGAUCCUACCGCGUCUAUCCAGAACAUGUUCGAUAUCUGGGGAACUGGAGAGUUUCCAGACCGGGCCUUCUCACAGAUCUUUGAACCUGAUUUCGUGCCGUCGCCGACAAACGACUUGGCCACGGCUCUGCGUGGGCAGAAGGACAUUGGCAUCUCGUUUUUGCAGACUCUUCCUUCUCCUGUCAACAGCUCUUCGACGGCGAGCUGUCCACCCAAUAGCAGAGGCGCCUUCUUCAUCGAUGAUGAUAAGUACGAAGAAGCGAAGUUAAAUUACGACUCCUUCAACACCACAGAAAGGUUAUCACGUUUCCGAUUUCCGUCCAAAUUCGCCGUGAGUCGAUUUGUCAGGGGGUUCUUCGAGUAUAUGGCUCCGCAUUUGCCGAUCGUACACGUACCGACGUUUGAAAUCUCUUCCACGCCAUGUAGGUUAUCGAUGUUCUAUCAUGACGUGCACUGAUGCGCUAAAAUUUAUUGAAGCUCCCCUUCUGGUCGAGAUCAUGGCAUGUGGUGCAUUGUAUUCCAACGAGCCGAGCGUUGCACAGGAUCUCCAUACUGCUGCCUCGCUUCUGAUGAGAGAGGUAAAAUGAACAGUCUCCUAAUGAGCGCUGCUACCAGCUAUAAUCAUUUCUAACCAAUUUUGCUAGCAUGAAGAGAUGGUCCUCAUCGGGCAGAGGGAUAACGAAUUUCAGCUGUGGGCGCUACAGGCUAGUCUUCUGAUAUGCUAUUUUGGAGCAUUCAGUGGAGAUUCACAGAUGGAGUUCCGAGCGGCUCAAACACUUAGCCAAACUAUGAAGGUUCGUAUUGCAGAGCAUUCACCUUUCUCCUUAGACGAUUGACAUGAGCGUGCGUAGCUUGCAGACGAGGCCUUCAGAGAGGUGGGGAUGUCGGAGGCAGCAACGUACAAGGAAUGGGUACAGCAAGAGACGCUAAAUAGGUGAGCUCCCAAUUCAGCAUAUCAGUGUGCUUGAACGGUGCACGAGCUCUAACCUCAAUUCAGAUGUCUCGCGGGUGGUAUUAUUCUUGGUGCUGGGUUUUUCUCAAAGAGUAGGGACGGAUGUUUCUCACUUGCCAUCCUAGACGCUAGGUUCCCGCUGCCUUCGAACACAGCAUCAUGGCAACAGGACGAAAACAGCUGGGAAAGGCCCAACGAAACCAUCUACAGCUCUGAUGCUAUGAAGAUGAUCCUCGAGGGAUGCAAGGUGGCUUUGUAUGACACCGAAUUUGGCUUUGCAACCAUUGUUUCGGCUGUGCUUUGCCACGUCUGUGUCUUUGAGUCGCUUGUUGGAACCCAGCACCCAGAUUUGUUUGCAAGCUUUAUCGAGAAGAUGGGCAGGUCGGUUCAAGUCCUCAACGAGAUCUGGAAAGAACAAUCAUCCAGCCAGUUCCUGAUAGAGUCCACCAUGACCUCAAUGGCCCAUACCACACGAUCAAUGAUACUUUCGAUAACAUAUCACCUCUAUGGAAGCCAUCGAUUGAUGGCCGCGAAGAGUUUUUUUCAUUCCCCGGGGCUUUUGGAUUGUCAAGAAAGCCUAGAACAAUGCUUCCAUGAACGGCACUCAGCCAAUCUAGAGAAAGCCUUGGUCUUGGCGGCCGAGAUGCUGAGAUCCGACUGUCAGACAGGUCUCGGGUAUAUCAAGUCCUUCGGAAAUCUUCGAUUUGCUCCGGUAUCGGCUAUUUCAGCUUACGAAGGCGGUAUGUUCCAAGUCCCUCUGUGUAUGCUUUCCCAGGCAUAG